AUGGCUAGCGAACGACCAGAGUAUCAACGUCAAGAGAAAGUUAUCGCUCUUUCUGCUUUAGCCCCAGCAGUUUUCAUGUCUCGAACAGGAAUUCCUCUUUUGCGGAUGCUGUGCCUUGUAGCCGAUGGCAACGCAAGUUUCGCAAAUUUCACUAUGGCGUUGCUGGUAACAUGAAAAAAUAUGGCCAGGAACAACCUCCUGAUUAUAAUCUCGGCAGUGUCUCGGUACCAGUGAAUUUGUAUUACGGCACCAAUGAUGUAGUUAUCACUCUUCAGAUUCUUCCGAGCCUACUCCACUUCAUCGACAACCACCAGCAAAUUUAGUUUCAAUUCUUUUCUUUUGGUGGAGCAAUUCUAUUCCCUUGGCGGCCCAUGGUGGAAAAGAAGUUCGCAACUCUUGGAUCAGAGCCUUAACGGCGAUUCAAGCUUCUAAAUAA